CGCUCUGCAGGUUGCUCAGGUCCACCGGCCCCGUGACCGUGCGCUUGACCAGCGUGACGACGUCGGGAUUCCCCGGUGUCGAGCAGCCGGGACGGUGGACGCAGCUCCGGAUCACUAGCGCGUCUACGCCGUCCAGCAGCCGCACGUGCGACGGCCCAAAGUUGUGCGCAAAGUCCGUCGUCUCUGGGUGGUGGACCGAGUCGAAGAGCACGUUCAUCCCUCCAGGGCCGGUGCGACUGACCUCAACGGCGUAGCGCGGCGGCGGCGCUGCCGCUGUCGCCGCCAAGACGAGGCAGACCAGCGUUGUCAGCAGCGCGGCCAUUGAAGGACGCGCUGCAGCAAUCGUUGCGAGGCCUUGGGGCGGGGGGCGGGCUGUGCGGCGGAUACUCUGACUGGGACGCGUACGGUAGCCAGUCGUGUGCGCGCGCCGUACGAGACUUACCACGCCUCCCGGUCCCCGGCCACACAGGGUGCUAGAGCCAUGCCCAAGAGACGCAGCAACGUGCUGCGCGGCGCGGACAGCGACGAGGACGAAUCGGCGCAGCAGCCGGCGGCAACCGGGCGCGCCGGGCUCGGAGGCCUGAGGCUCGCAAAGGCUCUGCUCGGGGAGAAGGACCUCGCCGAGCUGCGAGCUGCGUUGACUGUGCAGCAGAGUGCGCGCAACCCGCGAUGGGGCGCGCCGCCGCCCUUUGCCGUGUUUCGCGAGACGGAGCACCUGAUCUCUGUGCCGCGCCACUUUCCGCUCAAGCCCGCGCUGCGCGAGGCGGCCAGGCCAGCCCUGUGCGCGGGCGAGGCGGCGACGCUGAUCUUCCGGGGCUCGCUCACGCCGCUGCAGGAGCAGGCGGUGCGAGCCAUGCGCGAGGCGUACGAUCGCGAGGGCGGCGGCAUCCUCAGCCUCUACUGCGGCGGCGGCAAGACGGUGUGCGCGCUGCGGCUCGUCGCCGACGUCGGGCAGAGGACGCUCGUCGUCGUGCACAAGGAGUUCCUGGUGGAGCAGUGGAUCGAGCGGAUCCGCCACUUUCUGCCGGAGGCGCGCAUCGGGCGGAUCAAGCAGAACGUCGCCGAGGUGCACGGCACGGACGUGGUGGGGAUGCUGCAGUCCCUCACGCGCCGAGGUGACGAGUACUCGCUCGGCGGGUUUGGUCACGUGGUGGUGGACGAGUGCCACCACAUCUGCGCGCGCUCCUUCUCUUCGCUCCUCUUCGGCGUCGGCGGCGUCGGCUGCCGCUUGCUCGGGCUCUCCGCCACCGCCACGCGCUCCGACGGCCUGACCCAGGUUCUGCACUGGUUCAUGGGCGCCACCGCAUUCAGCGCCACGCGUGGUGCAGCCGCCGCAAGGAGGGACGAGCGGCGCUCGCGCCGCGUCGCUGCGCUGGUCGCGGCGCUCGCGGCGUCUGGCAGGAAGGUGCUCGUGCUGAGCGACCGGAGGGCCCACCUACUCUCGCUGCAGCCGCUCCUGCGGGAUGCGGCGGAGAAGAGCGUGCUGCUGGGAACCUAUGGGAUGUCAAGCGAGGGCCUCGACAUCGCCGCGCUCGACACGCUCGUGCUCGCGACGCCCCGGGCGAACGUGGAGCAGAGCGUGGGCCGCAUCAUGCGCGGCGGCGCGGCCAAUGAGCCGCUUGUUGUCGACGUGGUCGACGGCGGUGCGUACUGCGCCCGCCUCGCAUCGAAGCGGCUCUCCCUGUAUCGCUCCGCUGGGAUGCCGUUGCCGACACCGGUGCAGGCGCGGCGGACGACGGCGAGGCCGCCGAGGGCGCGGGCCAGGGCAGCGCAGGGGCUGUAG